AUGUUGCCAGGAGCACCCCCAGCUCGGCCAGGCUCCUGGGAUGGAAGCCACCUCCCCAGCCAGCCCUGGGCUGAGGGUCACCAGCCCUGGAGGGGUACCCAUGGACCUGUUUCCUGGGCUGAGUACCCCAACCAGCCAUACUCCAGGCAAGGAUAUGAAGACCCCCCCUGGCAGUACCAAGCAGGCACUUAUGGGGAUGGCUACACCUACCAAAGCCACCAGUGGCAGCAGGUGGCCUGGCAGGGUGACAGAGACCUGAGGCAGGGAGAGACUUACAGCAAGAGCACCAAGUACCAGGACCAGCACUACUACAGGGGCUACCACCCCAACCUGGCUGCCAGCCCCCCGGGGCAGGACAGGACUCAGGCCUACAGCUCCUCUGAGGACAACUAUAUCCUGGCUGCCAGGAGGGCAGGGGGAGAAGAAACCCUCAGCAGUGAUCUGGGGGAAGCUGGGGGCCAGCCCCAAGAGCCCUCGGGCCAGCCCAGCCUGCUCCUGCAGUACCGGGACUCGGGGCUCAGCUCCAGCAGCCACGAGCUCAGCCAGUACAUCAGGGAUGGUGCCGACAGCUACGACCCUGCACCUCUGGGCACCUGGAGCCCAGCGCCAGCAGGGGGGCCCUUGGUGUCCAGCCCAGCCCAGCUGGUACCCCUCAAGUUUUCACUGCCACACGUGGCCAUCUGCUUUGGAGCUGGAGGCCAGCUGGUGCUGGUGUGUCCCCACCACCCUGCUGAGGGCCAGCUAGCCCAAGCUGAGAUACACAGCAUGGAGAUAAUCCUUCAAGACACAAAAGAGCUGGAGGAGCUACAGGCCUUUCCAGGGCCCCUGGCCAGGGAAGACCUGCACAAGGGGGACGUGAUGACGUUUUGUCAGCAGAAGAUCACAAGCUGUGAUCUGUCAACACAGAGAGGCAGAGAUUCAGCUCUUCUCUGGAAACUCCUGGUCCUCCUCUGCCGGCAGAACGGGUCCAUGGUGGGCUCGGACACGGCGGAGCUGCUGAUGCAGGACUGCAAGGGCAGGGAGAAGUACAAGAGGCAGGAGCCCACGACAAACCCGACGGGCCUGACGGACGACGAGUGGGUGUCGCGGCAGCCGGGGACGCUGGACCUCCUCACCGGGGAGGUCCCUCCCGUGGUGGAGACACAGGCACAGAUAGUGGAGAAGUUCACCAAGCUCCUCUACUAUGGCAGGAAGAAAGAUGCUCUGGUCUGGGCCAUGAGAAACCAGCUGUGGGGCCAUGCCCUCUUCCUCUCCAGCAAGAUGGACCCUCGGACUUACAGCUGGGUGCUCACUGGGUUCACCAGCACACUGGCCACAAAUGACCCCCUGCAGACCCUCUUCCAGCUCAUGUCAGGAAGGAUCCCUCAGGCAGCUCUGUGCUGUGGGGAUGCCACGUGGGGAGACUGGAGGCCCCACCUGGCUGUGCUGCUGUCCAACAAGGUUGGAGACAUGGAGCUGAACCACCGGGCCAUCCUCACCAUGGGGGACACUCUGGCUGGCAGGGGAGCAGUGGAAGCAGCUCAUUUCUGCUACCUGAUGGCAGACAUUCCUUUUGGCUACUUUGGGGCCAAGACAGAGCGCAUGGCUCUGCUGGGCAGCAGCCACCGUCAGACCUUUGCCCAGUUUGCCAGGACAGAGGCCAUCCAGAGGAUGGAAAUCUUUGAGUACUGCCAGCAGCUCCGACAGCCUGAAUCCUUCCUGCUCCCCUUCCAGGUCUACAAGCUCCUCUACGCCUCCCGCCUGGCCGACCAUGGGCUCCCAGCCCAGGCCCUGCAGUACUGUGAGCACAUUGCCACUGCCCUCCUGGGCCAGGGUCCAGCCACCCACCCUGUCCUGGCUCAGCAAGUGAUGAAGCUGGCUGAGAGGCUGAAGCUCUCUGACCCACUGCUCCUGGAGAUGCCAGAGCAGGACCAGACACUGGAGCCAGAAUGGCUGGUACAGCUCCGAGCCUGCUGCCAGGAGUGGGAGGUGGGAGAUGACCUCCCUCUGGAGGUGGCACCUGCUCAGUUAGAGCUCUCCUGUGCUGCUGCAUCCACUGCAGAUGGAGAGUCUGGCCAGGAGCUUUCACAGGGUGAUGAAGGCUACCAGUAUGACCAGUGGUAUGAGCCUCUGCCACUCAGGGUACCCAGCUCCCAGGAGGAUGCCUCUCUUCGGCCCCCAGCACCUGCUCAGCUCCCAGCAUCACCCCAGCUCAGUGCUGGGCAGGAGCUCCAGCCCCCAGGGAGGGCUGCCCCUCCUGGAGGGGUUUUUGUUGAGCCCCCUCCACAGGUGGUGUCACCAGCAGGAGAAGCUGGGGAGCCCCAGGGCACCCUGCUGUCCCUCAGGGAGAUGCAGCCAUCCCUCCCAGCAGGACAGGAUGAGUUCAAGGCAAGGGCUCGGAGCAUCUCGGAAUGUUCCACUGUCUCCUUGGAAGAUGACAGCAGGCCUUCCUUGGAGGGUGCAGCUGAAGAUGCUGAUGAAAAGCCAGCACCAGCAGAGGCUGUGAAGCCAGGUGAAGAUAAGAGCUCUGGAUUCAGGUGGUUUGGCUGGUUUCGCUCGAAGCCCACCAAGGAGACAUCUUCUACAGCCACGGCUGAGGCAGCCUCUGACUCCCCCACACCAGAAUCACAGGUGGCUGGGCCGUGCCAUGGCACAGCUCUUCACGGCCAUAGAGGAAUGCAAGGUGAAAAUUCCUUUUCUGUUAUUCCAGUGUCUGCUGAGGUGAAAGGCUCGUGGGGUACAGGUGGUGGGGAGCCAGGAGGAGAGCAGGCUUUCCAGGUCAACUCCUAUCAACCUCUCCCACCAGUGAGAACAAUCCCCCUCUUCAACCCUACCCAGGUGUCCCAGCUCGCUGCUGCCUCUCGACCCAGCCAACCCAGGCUGCUCUCCCAGCGUCGCUACCCCAACCCUCUGUGA